AUGAAAAUAAGAAAAACCAACCAACCACAAAGAAACAAAAUUAAUUAAUUAACUAAUUCAAGGAACUUUUAGAAAUAAUAAUUAAUUAAUUAGUCUGCAAAAAUCAAAUUUGUUAUAAAAGGAACACAUAUUAGAGAAACUUUAGAUAAUUAAACAGUAGAAUUAAAAGUCUUAAUGAAACAUAUUUUUGAUGAAAUUAAAGUUUUUAAUUCCACUGGACUACUCGAAGAAUUCUCAUUAAAAAUAUAUUUUAUAAGAAUGUUUUAAUUAUCUUAUUAAUUAAGAUAAUUCUUUUUCAAAAACACUAUUUUUUCUUACCACUCUUAAAUGCUUUGUUAAAUCUUAAUGAUAAAUUUUUAUUUCUGCAGUUUAAGUUUUUAAUACCCAGGACUACUCCUUAACUACUAAAAUAAAUAUUUAUUAUAAGAAACAAAUUAAAAUUAUUUUCAAAAUAAAUCCUAAACGAUUUCAACCUAUUAUUAGGUCUCUUAUUUCAAUUCUAGUUAGUUCUUAUUUUUAAAUCAAUCAAUCAAUCAUCAUUUUUAAUAAAUAUCAUCUCCUCUUUUAUCCAUCAUCAAUCAAUCAAUCCUCAUAUUAUAUGUUAUCAAAAUAAAAUAUAAAAAAUCAAUCAAUCAAAUAAAUUAAAUAUUAUUAAACUUACAUAAAAUAAAUUACAAAUAUAAAAUUAAAAAGUAAAAUAAAUAAAUCAAUCAAUCAACAAUAAUAAAACAUUAAAAUAAAUAAUAAUGA